CCCAAGCGACGCAUAUCACCUUCAUGGAGCGACGACGACGACGACUUUUUCACAUGUGCUCCGUGCCUAUUUGCGGGGUCGCAACUCUUCACAAAUCAUCAAGAAGCAGAAGAUCAUUCACCGAUCUGACUGGAUGGGGCUUUUGCUGCUGCACACCAGCGUGCGACUUCGCUGCUGCGCCACAAGGGCAAUGGCAAUACACAAGCAGGCCUCCACACUCAGCAGCAAUGCUCCGAGCUACUCACACUGCAGUCUUCUGAGUUCAUCAUCGGCUCGACGAAGCCUUUGUCUCCUCGCCCCCCAUUCACCUCCAAGACAGCUAUCCAAGAUUGGCACCAAAGCCAUUGUAAUGUCACUUCGUUUGGCUCGGCCUAAUCAACUGCUGUGUAGCGUAGACGGUGGCCAAGCUUUGAAACAGAGCAAGGUGUGCAUCAUGUAGCGCUUUAUGAAGGGCAUCAAGCUGGAGUGGUCAAGACAUGGUUGUCGAGCAAGUCAAGC